AUGUCCUUAAACAUUCUAGUAAUUGGUAAUGGUGGAAGAGAACAUGCCAUUGUUUGGAGGCUCUUACAAUCAUCCAGUGUCAACCACAUUUAUGUAGCUCCAGGUAAUGGAGGUACAACUACCCAAUCAUCGAAAGUUACUAAUGUUCCAAUCAGUUCAUCACCUAAAGAUUUCCAAAAAUUGCAAGAUUUUGCUGUUGAAAAAAAGAUUAAUUUAGUUGUUCCUGGUCCUGAGCAACCUUUGGUUGAUGGUAUCACCCAAGUUUUCACCUCUGUUGGUAUUCCCGUAUUUGGACCUAGCGCCAAAGCUGCCAUUAUGGAGGGUUCAAAAGCAGCUUCUAAAGAAUUCAUGGAAAGACAUCAAAUACCCACUGCUAGAUUUAAGAACUUCACCAACGUUGACGAGGCAAAGAAAUAUAUCGAGGAAAUUGAUUAUAAAUUAGUUUUGAAAGCUGAUGGAAUUGCUGCUGGAAAAGGUGUAUUGAUUCCGGAGACUAAAGAAGAAGCAUUAAAAGGUUUGAAUGAAAUUAUGGUGGAUAAAAACUUUGGAGAUGCUGGUAAUGAAAUCGUCAUCGAAGAGUAUCUCGAAGGUGAUGAAUUGAGUAUAUUGACCAUUACUGAUGGAUACACUUUUUACAACUUGCCAGCUGCACAGGACCACAAAAGAAUUGGUGAUGAAGAUAAGGGUUUAAAUACUGGAGGUAUGGGAGCUUAUGCACCUGCACCAAUUGCUACAAAGGAAGUGUUGACUAAAAUAGAUCAAGAGAUUAUCAAGCCUACUAUUGAUGGAAUGAGAAAGGAUGGAUUCCCAAUGUGUGGUGUUUUAUUCACUGGUAUUAUGUUGACUCCAUCGAAGCAGCCAAAAGUUUUAGAAUACAAUGUCAGAUUCGGUGAUCCAGAAACUCAAACCGUUUUGCCAUUAUUGAGUGAUGACACUGAUUUAGCUCAAGUUAUGCUUGCAGCUGCUGAACAUAGAUUAGAUUCGGUGAAAAUUGCUACAAAACCAUUGUUUUCAACUACUGUUGUCAUGGCUGCAGGUGGCUAUCCAGAAGCAUAUGGUAAGGGAGAUGAAAUUACAGUUAAAGAACCAUUGCCAAAGGAUACUUUUAUUUUCCAUGCUGGUACUGGUGCUACUGAUGGUAAGGUUGUCACCAGUGGUGGAAGGGUUAUUGCCGCCACUGCUUUGGGUGACACCUUGAGAGAAUCUGUCAACAGAGCUUAUGUUGGCGUUGACCAUGUUAGUUUCCAUAAAAAAUACAACAGAAAAGAUAUCGCUCAUAGAGCAUUCCGUGAUGCCGAGAAGUUUAAACAAGGUAGUGGUGUCACUUACGCUGAAUCGGGUGUCUCGGUCGACAAUGGUAACUUGUUGGUACAAAACAUCAAAAACAAAGUUAAAUCUACCGCGAGAGCAGGUGCUGAUUCCGAUAUUGGAGGUUUUGGAGGUUUGUUUGAUUUGAAAGCUGCUGGAUACAACACUGCCAACACUUUAUUAGUUGCUGCUACUGAUGGUGUUGGAACCAAGUUGAGAAUCGCUCAAAUCAUGAACAUACACAAUACCGUCGGUAUUGAUUUAGUAGCCAUGAAUGUUAACGACUUGGUUGUCCAAGGUGCUGAACCGUUGAUGUUUUUGGAUUACUUUGCCACUGGUAAAUUAGAUGUCGAAGUUGCUGCGCAAUUUGUUGAUGGCGUUGCCAAUGGUUGUAUUGAGGCUGGAUGCGCUUUGGUUGGUGGUGAAACUUCAGAAAUGCCGGGAAUGUACGAUGAAGGUCAUUACGAUACCAAUGGUACUGCUGUUGGUGCUGUUGACAAGAACAAGAUAUUACCAAAAGUCUCCGACAUGAAAGCAGGUAAUGUGCUUAUCGGAUUGAGGUCAAACGGUAUUCACUCCAAUGGGUUCUCAUUGGUGCGUAAAAUUAUUGAAAUAAGUGAAUUUGAUUAUCAAUCACCAGCACCAUGGAACACAUCCAAAACCAUUGGAGAAGAAGUUCUUGUACCAACUAAAAUCUAUGUCAGGCAAUUGUUGCCUAGUAUAAAUGAAGGGUUAUUAUUAGGUUUAGCUCAUAUCACUGGUGGUGGAUUGGUGGAAAACAUCCCACGUGCAUUGCCUAAACAUUUGCAAGCCAAAGUUGAUAUAAGUAAAUGGCAAGUUCCAGAAAUUUUCAAGUGGUUUGGUAAACAAGGUCAAGUUCCAGUGCAUGAUAUUUUAAAGACUUUCAAUUUAGGUAUUGGUAUGGUCUUGAUUGUCGAGAAAGCCAAUGUUGAUAAGGUCUUGGAAAGUUUAGAGAACGCUGGUGAGAAAGAUGCUCUUGUUAUUGGUGAAUUAGUUGAAAAGAAGGAAGGAGAAGAAGGAUGUGUUGUUGAAAAUUCUGAAGGAUUAUAUUAG